AUGUGUGGGGGGGGUGGUGGGGGGGAGAUUGGGUUUGGGGGGGGAGUGGUGGUAGGUGGGGGUAGGGGGGGGGUUGAGGGUUUUGGGGGGAGUUGGGGGGGGGGGAUGAGGGGGGGGAGUUUUAUUAUGGUGGAUUGUUUAGUUGGUGGUGGUAUGGUUGUUGGGUUUUAUUGGGUGUGGUGGUGGUUGGGUGUUGGGUGGGGGGGGGGGGUUGGUUGGGUUUGGGGUUGUGGGGGGUUGGAGAGGGGUGAAAUGUGUGGUUGUGUGGGUGGGGGGGGGGGGGGGUGGGGGGGGUGGGUGUGGUGGGGGGGGUUUGGGUUGUGUGGGUGGGGGGUUGUGUGUGGUGGGGGUGGUUUGGGUGGUGGUGUGGGUGGGGGUUUGUGGUGUGUUGGUGGGGGGGGGGUGGUGGGGGGUUGUGGUGGUGGUGGGGGGGGUGGGUGGGUGGGGGGGGGGGGGGGGGGGGGGGGGGGGGGUGGGUGUGGGUGUGUUGGUGUGGGGUGUUGUGGGGGGGGGUGGGGGUUGGUGUGGGGUGGGGGGGUGUGGGGGUGGGGGGGGGGUUGUGGUUGUUGGGGGGUUGCUGGGGUUGUUGGUGGGGGUUGUGGGGUUGGGGGUGGGUUUGGGUGUGGGGGUGGGGGUGUUUGGGUUGGGGGGGUGUGUGUGGUGGGUGUGGGGUUGGGGUGGGGGGUGGGUUUGGGGGUGGGGGGUGUGGGGUGGUGUGGGGGGGGGUGGGUUGGGUGGGUGGUGGGGGGGGUUGUUGGUUGUGUGGGUGUUGGUUUGAGUAGGGGGUGUUUUGGGUUUGGGUUUUGUUGGUUUGAGGUUGUGAGGGGUUUUGUUUGUGGUUGGGUGGUUUUGGGUGGUUUGUUGGGUUUGGGUAGUUUUUGGUGUGGUUGGGGUGUUUGGGGUUGGUUUAGUUUAUGGUUGGUUGUAUUUGGGGGUGGGGGGUUUUUGAUAGUGGGGGGUGGGGGGGGGGGUGUGGGGUUGGGGGGGGGGGGGUUGGGGUGUUGGGGGGGGGUGUUUUGUAUGUGGUUGGAGGGUGGGGUGGGGGGGGGGGGGGGUUGGUGGGGGGGGGUGUGGGGGUGGGGGGUGGGGUGUGGGGGGGUGGGGAUGGGUUGGGGGGGGGGGGGGGUUGGGGUGUGGGGGGGGGGUGUGUUGUGUGGGGGUGGGGGGGGUGUUUGGGGGGUUUGUGGGGGUGGGGUGGGUGGGUGUUGGGGGGUGUUGGGGGUGGGUGUGGUGGGUGUGGGGGGGUGUGGUGGGGUGGGGGGGGGUGUGGGGUGGGUUGGGGGUGGGGGGGGGGGGGGGGGUUUUGUGGGGUGGUUGGGGGGGUGUUGGUGUGUGGGUGUGGGGGUGUGGGUGUGUGUUGGUUGGGGGUGUGGGGGGUUGGGGUUGUGGGUGGGUGGUGUGUUUUGGGGGUUGUUGGUGGUGGUGGUGGGUGGGUGUGGUGGGUGGGGGGGGGUUUUGUGGGGGGGGUUGGGGGUGGUUGGGGUGGUGUGGUGUGGUGGGGGGGUGUUGGGGGGGGGUGGGGUUUUGGGUGGGGUUUUUGGGUGGUGGGUUGUGGGGGGGGGGGGUGUUGGGGGGGGUGGUGGGUGGGGUGGGGGGGUGGGUGGGGGUUGUUUGGGGGGUGGGGUGUGUGGGGGGUAUGGGGUUUGGGGUUUUUGUUGUGGGUGGGGGGGUGGGGGUGUUGUUGAGGUGGUUGUGGGGGGGGGGGGGGGGGGGGGGUGGUGUUUGGGUUUGGUGGUGGGUUGGGGGGUUUUUUGUUUUUGUGGGGGUGUUGUGGUGUGGGUGUUUGAUGGGGGGGGGGGGUGGGGGGGGGGUGUGGGGGGGGUGGGGUGGUUGGGGGGGGGGUUGGGUUGGUUGGGUGUGGGUUGGUGGGGGGGGUUGGUGGGGUUUGUGAGUGGGGGGGGGUGGGGGGUGGUUGUGGGUGUGGGUUGUGUGUUGUGUGUGGGGGGGGUGGUGGUGGGGGGUGUGGGGGGUGUGUUGGGUUGUUUUGGGUGUUGGGGUUGGUUUGGGGGGGUUUUAGUUUUGGGGGGUGGGGUGGUGGGUGUGUGGGGGGGGUUGGUGGUUGGGGGUGGGGGUUUGGUGGUGGGUUGGGGGGUGGGUGGGGGGGGGGUGGGGGGGGGGUGGGGUAGGGGGGUGGUGGGGGGGGGGUGGGUGUGGGUGGGGUGUGGUGGUGUUUUGUUUGGGGUGGUUGGGGGUGGGGGGGGGGUUUUGUGUGUUGGGGGGGUUGGGGGUGUUGGGGUGUGUUGGGGGGGGGGGUGGUUGGGGGGGGGGUGGGGUGUGGGGUUGGGGGUUGGUAGGGGGGGGGGUGGGGGGGGGGGGGGUGGGGGUUGUGUUGGGAGGGGGUGGUGGGUUGGUGGUGGGGGUGUUUUGUUGGGUGGGUGGUGGGGGUGGGGGGUUGGUGGGGUGGGUGGGGGUGGGGGGUGUGGGGGGUGGAGGGUGGGGGGGGUGGUGGGUGGGGGGGUGGGGGGGGGGUUGUGGUGUGUGUUGUGGGGUUGGGGGGGGGGGUGGGGGGUGGGUGGGGGGGGGUGGGGGGGGGGGUGUGGGGGGGGUGGGGGGGGGGUGGUGGGGGGAGGGUGGGGGUGGGGGGGGGGGGGGGGGGUUGUGGGGUGGGUGUGGGGUGGGGUGUGGGUGGGGGGGGUGGGGGGUUUGGGGGGUUGGGGGUGUGGGGGGGGGUUGGGUUUGUUUGGGUUGUGGUGGUGGUGUGGUGGGUGGGGUGGGGGGGGGGGGGGUGGGGUGGGGGGGGGGUGGGGGGGUGGGGGUGGUGGUGGGGGGGGGGGGGGGGUUGGGUGUUGGGGGGUGUGUGGGUGGGGGGGGGUGUUUUGUGGGGGGGAUUUGGAGGUGAUUAUGUGA